AGAGUGGUUGAUUGAAGUUGCCCCUCUACACAACUAAUUCUCUAUCUUAUCACAAGAAACGAAUGAUUCACAUUCUCCAAAACACUCAACACAACAAUAAUUCACACACUCUUUUUUCUUAAUCUCUUCAAUUAAUCAUCACUAAUAAAACCAAAACAACACUUUCUUUUUUAUACAUACAUACAUGGCUUCUGAUGAGACCAUGAUGAGUACAAUUCAAGAUGAAGACUUUGAAGAUGAUGAUCAUACACAUCAUUAUCAUCACAACUUAUCAAGACUUUCAGUUUGUACAAGUAGUACUAUAUGUGGUGUUGAUGAAGAUGUUGAUAAUCUUGCUUCUAUAUGUAUGUCAAAUUUGUCUAUUGAAAGUUUUGAAGGUGAUGGUGCUGAUGGUGAUGAUGCUGAUGGUGAAUUUUCAGCUGAUGGUAAAGAAGAUGAUCAGUUAUUACAAACAGGGUUAUCUUCUGGCUCUGAAAAUGAAUCAGGUAGUUGUUAUUCAUUACCGGCGACGCCACCACGACGGAGGAGUUUGAUUCCGGCGACGACGAUUGGAGUGAAAGAUUAUGCAAGUGAGAAUGAAGUAAGAAAGGAAAUAAAUAGUAAUGAUUUAGGGAAGAGUAGUAGUAGUAGUAGUAGGAGUAGGAGGAGGAGAAGGAGGAGUUUGAGAAGUGUGUUUGAGAGAGGAAAUAGUUGGGAAAAUUUAUGGGAUAAGAAGAAAAUGAAAGAGAAUGGAAUGAAUAGUGGAGAGAGUGAUCAUGGUGUGAUGGUGAUUACUAGGCCUAAAGGUGGGAAUAGAAGUUUGUGUAUGGAUUUGGAUGAAGUUAAAGCUUGUAGAGAUCUUGGAUUUGAGUUAGAACAUGAAAGAAUUUCUGCUGUUUCUUUCUCUAAUUCAACAUUUGAUACUAGUAGUGGUGGUAAUUCACCUAUUGCUAAUUGGCGAAUCUCCGGUCCCGGUGAUGAUCCAAGAGAUGUGAAGGCACGACUCAAAGUGUGGGCACAGGCAGUAGCUAUAGCAUCUGCCACCAAAUACGGCUCAUGACAGACACCAAAUUUUCUACUUAGCUAAUACCUACUUACUUUUUUUGGCGAUUGAGACAUUAUUAUUAUAUAAUUAUGCAUAAGCUUUUCUUUUCACUA